ACACAGCACACCGCCAUAGACAGAUCAUGAAGCUCACACUCCCAAACUCGGGCCUGGAUGACAGGAUACCGUCACACCAGCAGCUAGAGAAGCUGGAGCAGGAGGGAUCUGGAGACAGGCAGAAAUGGGACAACAAGGCACAGUAUAUGCUGACCUGCGUGGGAUUCUGUGUAGGACUUGGAAAUGUCUGGCGCUUCCCCUAUUUGUGUCAGAGAUAUGGAGGAGGGGCGUUUAUGAUUCCCUUUCUAAUCCUGCUGGUUCUGGAGGGAAUCCCGCUGCUGCAUCUGGAGUUUGCCAUCGGUCAGCGUUUGAGGGGAGGCAGUUUGGGAGUGUGGUCCUCCAUUCAUCCUUACUUGACCGGCAUCGGUAUCGCCUCCAUGUGUGUUUCGCUGACCAUCAGCUUAUACUACAACACCAUCAUUGCUUGGAUUCUUUGGUACUUCUUCAAUUCAUUCCAAGAUCCUCUGCCUUGGAGUUACUGUCCGAUGAAUGACAAUUUAACAGGUUUGGUUUCGGAGUGCGCAAAGAGCUCCCCUGUGGACUAUUUCUGGUAUAGAGAGACUCUGAACACAACUACGAGUAUUGUGGAUGACGGCGGCAUCCAAUGGUGGACCUUGUUGAGUCAUAUAUGUGCCUGGUCUGUGCUCUAUGUCUGCAUCGUGCGGGGGAUCGAGACAACUGGGAAGGCUGUUUAUGUGACUUCAACUCUUCCGUAUGUGGUGUUGACCAUCUUCUUGAUCAGAGGAUUGACGCUGAAGGGAUCUUUGAGUGGACUCAAAUUUCUAUUCACACCUGAACUGUCAGAGCUGGCGAACCCCUCAACGUGGAUGAACGCGGGUGCCCAGGUCUUCUACUCCUUCUCUCUGGCUUUUGGGGGCCUCAUAUCCUUCUCCAGCUACAACUCGGUGCAUAACAACUGCCAACAGGACGCCGUGAUCAUCUCCAUCAUUAACGGCAUCACGUCGGUGUUUGCCGCUACGGUCAUCUACACCGUCAUCGGAUUUAGGGCGACGCAACAAUUUGACACCUGCAUGAACGAGAACAUUCUGAUGCUGCUAAACACAUUUGACCUUCCUGAGGGAAACAUCAUUGAGAGCAACUACACGGAGGCUUUACAGCAACUCAAUGCAACGCAUCCCGAUGUUAUUCAAGGGCUGACUCUGGGAAUUUGUGAUUUAAAAACGUUCCUCAGUGAGGGAGUCGAAGGAACCGGUUUGGCGUUCAUCGUGUUCACAGAAUCCAUCACCAAGAUGCCCUUCUCUCCACUGUGGUCCGUUCUCUUCUUCAUCAUGCUCUUCAGCCUCGGCCUGUCCUCCAUGUUUGGGAACAUUGAAGGCGUCGUGGUACCACUCCAAGACCUUAAGGUCUUUCCAAAAAAGUGGCCCAAAGAAGCCGUGACCGGUGUGACAUGUGUGAUCUGCUGUUUGGUGGGCCUCCUUUUUGUCCAAGGCUCAGGGAAUUAUUGGCUGUCUUUAUUUGACACGUACGGAGGAUCAAUCCCACUUCUGGUCAUUGGAUUUAGCGAGAUGUUCGCAGUUGUUUACAUAUAUGGGAUUGACAGGUUCAAUGACGACAUCGAGUUCAUGACUGGACACAGACCUAACAUUUUUUGGCAGGUUACAUGGAGAUUUAUCAGUCCGCUCAUCAUGAUCUUUAUCGUAAUAUUUUACUUCAUCACUGAAGUUUCAAAAAAGAUUUCUUACAAAGCCUGGGAUCCGGAAUAUGAAAAAUUCCCAACUCUGGAGGAGAAAUCGUAUCCUUCAUGGGUUUAUGUGGCCAUCUUCGUCCUGGCAGGGAUUCCCAGUCUUGCCAUACCUCUCAUUGCCAUCUUUAAAUGUUUAAGGGCAAAGAUGACAAAGAAGUCACAAUUCUCCACUCAAAUGAAUGAUGAGCCCAAAUUACCGCUUGCAUGAUAGUCAUUGAUGGAAUCUAUUUUAAAAAAAAAAAAUUAGACCCCUAUUGCUUCCAGCGUUGUGAGUUGAUCUGUCAAUGUGUAUAUUGUACAACUAGUUGAGCUUUAUAAUGUUAUAGCUUUUUGUCCAGCAGGGGGCAGUACAAAGAUUUGUUAAGUGUAAAGUAUUUUUGAGGCAUGUGAAUACAGUACAAUAAAUAUGUUGCAAUUUGACCUUACUGUUCUUUAUUUUUUUGUAAUUCAGCAAUUGUUAAUCUUAUCUUGUUUAUGUACUUGUAUAAAAAAAAAAAGUCAAAUCCUUUAUGACCAGCAUGUGAUGUUUUUUAUUGUAUUGUAUUAAAAGUAUGUAAUAAACCUUUGUCCACA